GGAGGGAGGGAGGGAUGGCUGCCCCGCGGGGCUCCCCUCUGGCCAGAGAGCUCCUCGAGUCCGGCGCCGGAAGGAGCGGCAGCCUCAAGCGCCCGAGUCUUCCCAAAUCACAACUAGCAAGAUGUUACUCUGUUGCAAUACCCCAUCAUGCAUCAUGCACUGAUGUCAGAGUUACCAGGCAGUCUGGCUGGAAUACAGAGUUUCCAUAUGAGACACUAGACCAGGGGAAAAGCAAUUUGCGUGGAGCUUCAUUAGACGAUGCCGAUUGUCUAUGGCCUAAGGAACUCAUUGCUUCUGGAAACAGCCAGACAUCCAGUUCAAAGGGAGGUCGCAACAUUCCUCGGAGACACACUGUAGGAGGCCCUCGGAGUUCCAAAGAAAUUUUGGGAAUGCAAACAUCAGAUAUGGACAAAAAGAGAGAGGCGUUCCUGGAACAUCUAAAACAGAAAUAUCCCCAUCAUGCCACUGCCAUAAUGGGCCACCAGGAAAGACUAAGAGAUCAGGCUUUGCAGUGCAUGUUGGUCUCCCUCCAUUCAGAACUUGACAUUCAAAGGUACUUGAUGAAAAUUGAAUCCUCUCAGAGAACAAGGAGCCCCAAGCUGUCUCAAAGCCCACAGCCCAAUCUGGGAGAUCAGACUGAAUAUUUGUCAGAGGCAUCUGCCGACUCCCUGGAAAUCAUGUCUGAAGGGGAGUACCCUUCUCCUUUCUCAAGAGGAAGCCGUACACGAGCGAGUCUUCCCGUGGUGAGGACAACAAACCAGACAAAGGAAAGAUCACUUGGUGCUUUAUAUCUUCAGUAUGGAGAUGAAACUAAACAGCUAAGGAUGCCUAAUGAGAUCACAAGCACAGACACAAUCCGUGCCCUCUUUGUAAGUGCCUUCCCCCAGCAGCUGACAAUGAAAAUGCUGGAAUCCCCCAGUGUUGCGAUAUACAUCAAGGAUGAAAGCAGGAAUAUCUAUUAUGAAUUAAGUGAUGUAAGGAACAUUCAAGAUCGAUCUUUCCUUAAAGUUUACAACAAAGAUCCUGCACAUGCAUUUAAUCACAUGCCCAGAGCUGUAAAUGGAGACAUAAGGAUGCAGAGGGAAAUCUUCUCCAGUGCUUCUCGUCCAGGAUCUGCUGCUCAUCAUCCCCCUCCUCAUGCACUUCCAACUUCACCGCCUGCUACACCAGUGCCCCACUCCAUGCCCCCUUCCCCAUCCAGGAUCCCCUACAGCAAUGUCAGGCCAGUCAGUGGCCCUGGCAAUGCAACCAUUCCCAGGGACAGACUUUCAAACAUGCCGGCUUCAAGGUCUAUCUCACCAAGCCCUAGCGCCAUCUUGGAAAGAAGGGACGUGAAGCCAGAUGAGGAUAUGGGUAACAAAACCCUAACUCUCUAUCGGAAUGAGGGUCUAUAUGCUGACCCCUACUUGUAUCAUGAAGGCAGGAUGAGCAUUGCAGGUUCUCAUACAGGACACCCUCUUGACAUACCUGACCACAUCAUUGCUUACCAUCGCAGCACAAUGAGAUCUUCAAGCACUUAUUGUAAUCCUCCUAUGCAGCCUGAAAUUAUGGAGCAGUCGCUAUAUCGGCAAAAGUCAAGGAAGUACCCUGACAGCCAUUUGCCAACUCUGAGUUCUAAAACACCUCCCACUUCUCCACAUAGAGUGGCCGAGAUGCGGAUGAUAGACCUUCACACCCACCACAACACACCAAUGUCUCCUCAUGCCAUUCACCUGGACAGGUCAUCUCCUGGUCGCCAGUCUCUCAAGAAAGAUCCAGGGACUCCUGUGUUUGUGGAAGCAAAACCAAGAAAUGCAAUCGUUUUACAUGGCAUGGCUGAGGUAGCCCCAUCUGUACCUGACAAGAAAGCUUUUGGUUAUGGAACAGUAGUGAUACCCAAAGAAACUGAGACAAGAGAGAGGAUGCAAGCCAUGGAAAAACAGAUUGCCAGUUUAACUGGUCUUGUUCAGUCUGCGCUUUUAAAAGGGCCAAAUACAAGUAAUAGCAAAGAUGCUUCUAGUGAGAAGAUGAUGAAAACUGUAGCCAGCAAAAGCAACACAGAGAAGACAGGAUCUGCUCAUGUGUCUAGCAGGAAGAAUUCAUUAGCAGCCACUGAGGCUACUGCUACUGCUGCUCCAAAUAUCAGUCACUCCACGCCAGUGGGCUGCACCACUAUGCAAGUCAGUCUCUUUGACAUGAAGCGCAAUGUGUCAGACCUACGCUUCCAGCUGCACCAGAUGAGACAACUGCAGCUGCAGAACCAGGAGACGCUCAGGGCUAUGGUGAAGAAAGCUGAGUUGGAAAUCAAUGACAAAGUGAUUGAAAGAGCAAAGAGGCUUGAAGAUCCUGUGCAACGACAGCGACACCUGGUGGAGCAAGAAAGGCAAAAAUAUCUUCUCGAAGAGGAAAGGAUCGUGAAGAAUUUGUGUGAGCUGGAAAGUUUUGUUGAAGAUCUGAAGAAGGAAUCUAUGACAACCAAUCGGAUAGUUACCUUAAAAGAUGUUGAAGAUGGAGCUUGUCUCUUACGGCAAGUUGGAGAAGCUGUUGCCAACCUCAAAGGUGAAUUUCCAACGUUACAGAAUAAAAUGCGAGCCAUUCUCCGCAUUGAGGUGGAAGCUGUGAGAUUUUUAAAAGAGGAACCUCAUAAACUGGACAUUCUCCUAAAGAGAGUCCGCAGCAUGACUGAUAUACUCACUACUCUCCGGAGGCAUGUUACAGAUGAUCUGCUAAAAGGUGUGGAUCCUUCACAAGCUGCCCAGUACAAUGCAAUAGAGAAAGCCACAGCAGUGGAGGUUCUGAAAAACCAGGAAGACGCUGGAAACAGCCACACUAGUCCCCAGAAAAAUGUAGCUGAAUCUCCAGCAGAGCCCCCAGUCAAAUCAGAAGUAAUGCCUGUCUCCACAGUGACAGUCCAUCAUGUCCAGAGUUCCCCAGUGGUCAUCCAUCAGUCUCAGCAUUCCUCAACAUUAGUCAGUCAGGCUCACAAUUCUCCUCUCCCCACAGUGGGAUCACCAGGGUCAAACCAUCCAGCCACGGCUGUGUCAGAGUCUACAGCAGUGAUCUCAGCAGUUGUUCAGCCAACACAAACACCCCAUUCACCGCAGGUAUCGGUUAAUGGCUCCACCAUGCAAAGCCUUUUUAUUGAAGAACUUCACAGUGCCACUACAAGGAACAGAGCAUUAUCCAUUGAGAAAGCAGAGAAGAAAUGGGAAGAAAAAAGGCAGAACCUGGAUCACUACAAUGGAAAGGAGUUUGAAAAACUCCUGGAAGAAGCACAAGCAAAUAUCAUGAAAUCAAUCCCAAACCUUGAGAUGCCUCCACAAGGAACAGCUCCACUAAAAGCCAGUACAGUGGAAAAAUUAGAAUCCUCUGUAGAGACUUUGAACCCAGAACAGGACACAGAAAAACCAGUGAAGUCUCCACCGCCUCCGCCUCCACGUCGCAGCUAUCUGGUAGGAUCUGGACUAAGCACAAGAUUGGGUGAAGUCAGCUACAUGGCCAGGAAAGACAACAUUGUGGCCAAGGAAAGCAGUGAAGAUAGUAGUCAAGCAACUCAAUCUAAAGUACUUAAAGAAGAUCAUGCCUCUCCUCAGUCUCAGAGUACAGUUCCACCUUCAAAGGAUGAUGAUGAUGAAGAAGAAGAGGGGGAUAGAAUAAUGGCAGAGUUACAGGUUUUCCAGAAGUGCGCUUACAUGGAUGUAAGCUCAAACAGUCAUGUUGAACAGCCCAGAAAUGACACACACACAAAAGAUGCAAGGCCUGUGGCCUUAACACAACCCAAGGAGAAGAAGGUGUAUGGGGAGGCAACAAAAGAUAGUGACCACCCCAAGGACAACACUGAAGAAAGAACAGGAGAGAAGGCCUCAGAUGUUUCCAGCGUCACCAAAAAUUCUGCCUUCAGCAAACAUUUUGUUGCGGAGGACAAGGAUUAUGCUACAAACUGUUCUCUUAAAACAAACACAAAACUCUCCAGCAUGUUAGAAAAUGAAAGAAGACAGGGGUCUGAUGAAGUACAAUAUCCAGCAGUAGAAACUGGAAGGCAAAAGUUAAGUUACGAUGUUGUGAGACAGCCUGGUCAUAAUGCAUCACAGAAUGAGCUUCUAGAAGGUGAAGGAGCACGGCUUGUCAGACAAACAAACUUGCCACUUCACGAGAUCUCAUUAGAUCAACAGUUGUCCCAUGAGCAAGAAAUGCCCACUAGUGGCUAUCAUCAAGUUGUGCUAAGGCACGAGGUAUCUAGGAAUACAACCUUAAAUGAUACUGAUGAGGUGGAGUCACCUACUAGUUCUCCAAGUGAAGAAAACCUACAGUCAGAGAACAUUGCUUUCAUGAUUACCAAAACAGCCGUCCAGGUUCUCUCAAGUGGAGAGGUCCAUGAUAUAGUCAACAGACAGGGAGAAGAUGUGCAGACUGUUAACAUUGAUUCCAAAAAGGAAACAACAACCCAGCAAGGCACAUCAGAGAACACUGAAAAUGAAGAACCAGUUGUUUGCUUGGACAAAAAACCAGUCAUCAUUAUUUUUGAUGAACCAAUGGAUAUUAGAUCAGCUUAUAAAAGACUUUCAACAAUAUUUGAGGAAUGUGAUGAGGAACUGGAAAAAAUGAUGACUGGAGAGAAGAUAGAGGAAGAAGAGGAGGACAAUGAGGAAUCAGAUGUAACUGAUACUCAUGAUGCAGAGGUUAACCAAAAGGAUAGUAACAGUAGGCAUGCAACUGAGUAUACAGCAAAUCACCAAUGUGAGCAUCAGUUUGGACUCCAUUCUCCAUCUAGCUCACCACCGCAAGCCACACUCCCUGAAGGGCAGGAAAUAGACAAGAUGGAUGUUGAAAAAUCUAGUUACAUGUAUGGGCCACAUCCAGAACCAAAACUGGAUGUUCCUGAUGCUAAGAAAAAAUUUAAGUUUAAAUUUCCAAAAAAGCAGCUGGCUGCUCUUACCCAAGCAAUACGCACUGGAACUAAAACUGGCAAGAAAACUUUGCAGGUGGUUGUGUAUGAAGAGGAAGAGGAAGAUGGUACUUUAAAACAACAUAAAGAGGCCAAAAGAUUUGAAAUCCCUAGCUCUCAGUCUGAGGAUCCUUCUAGGAAGCAAGAGCCAAAUGUAAUCACACAGAUAUCUAGGACUGAUGAAAUUAGAAAGAAUACAUAUAAGACUCUGGACAGUUUGGAGCAGACUAUUAAGCAGCUGGAGAGUACCAUUAGCGAAAUGAGUCCAAAACCAGUUUCUGAAGCCUCAGGCCGAUUGGAAAGAACUUCUGCUGCAGGCUUUUUUUCUCCAAAAGAACCCAUAGUGCUGGAGGAAAGUAAUGCUGGUGCUGAGUCCCCUUCAUCAUUACCACCAACUUCACAUAAGGCUUCACCCAGCAGCUCCCAGACCAGCAGAAUGCCAAUCCCAGCUGCCACAAAAAGUCGCCCACCAGGAAGCAUGGAUAAAGCAAGCAAACCGCACAAGCUACAGGAUCAGCGCCAGUACAGACAGGCUAAUGGAAGUGCUAAGAAAGCUGGUGGGGACUAUAAAGCUACUUCCCCUACCCUGUCUGCUUCAAAAAUUCCAGCCUUUUCUUCCACCUCUGGGAAAAGUAGCUCUGUGUCUAGUGGUGAUAGCACUAAUCUUCCAAGUCCACCUACUAAAGCCUCUAUUCCUCCUUCUAACCCUCUCAGUCCUCAGACAGGUCGUCCUACUCAUUCUGCUUCCUUAAUCCCUUCUGUUUCUAAUGGAUCCUUAAAGUUCCAGAAUUCUACUCACACAGGUAAAGGCCAUCAUCAUCUUUCAUUCUCAGUCCAGACUCAAAAUGGCCGGCCAAACCCUCUUCCUCCAUCUCCCUUUUCCUCUCCCUCCUUCUCCUCUCCCUCUUCCACUUCUCCCACAUCCCUGAACCAAGGUAUGAAGAGCAUCCGGUCAAUCCACACACCCAGCUUCACCAGCUACAAGUCCCAGAAUGGAACCGUCAGCAAAUCCACCCCAUCUUCCACCAUCACCAAGGAACCAUCUUAAGUGUUCACCAAAGUCUUCUCAGUUGCUGAUGAAAUUGCAGCCAAUAUUGUAGCAGAGGAAUGUGUACCAAUCCUACUGUACGAUAGGCUUAAUACUACACUUGUGAUAAAUAUUGGGUUGAUAUUCUUAAUUAGAGACAUAAGUAGUUUUGUAUGCGUUCACUGCUGUUGAAACACAAUUGAGUGCGUCAGGUGGGGGGUGGCAAGGGAGGGAGGAUGUCCACCUUCAGCCAGAAGCUGUUACAAAAUGUCCUGAGUUGAGUGGAAAAGGAAAUGUAUCAAAGCAUGGGGAAAAUGUAUUGAAAUGAAUUGUUUUGUAUAAAGCUAUUUUUAAGUACAAGAAACUAAACCUGGUGUGAUAAUUCAAAAUUAUAAACUGAAACUAAAAUAUUUUUUCUUUUAUUCUAGUGUUAUUCAGAUUUGUUACAGAUUUCUAUUUUUAUCAGCUACAGCAGCAACAACAAAAAGACUUCAUGGUUACUUUCAAAAAUCUUUUUUGCCAAAACAUUUGAUACUGUUACAAUGUACAUUUGAUAGUAGUAUGCUGAACAUGUCCUCUACACAAGCCACAGAGUUAAGACGGACACUGAUGUGUAUGAGGCAACUUUAUCUAUUGCACUGCCAUUUAGAUUAUAUUUAAUAAUUUGCGAUGCCAAGGUGAAAAAUUGUUUGUACAUUUAGGCAUUUGCUGAUUACUUUUAGCUGAGUCUCCUCUUCUUCAUUUUUCCAUUUUAUUGAGAUCUGGAUAAAUCAUGAAGUAUUGCAUUGUGGGUUUCUUUUUUAAAAAGUGUACACUUCUGUAUUGUUCUGUAUAAUGGAAAACAUUUGUACAUAAUAUAAUAUAAAUAUAUAUAAAUAUAAAUACUGUAUGUGGCUGAGCACAUAGAGUAGUUUUCCACACCAAAGGUCCAUUUUAUGCAUGGUUUUAAAGUAUGCUUUGGGGGAAAGGAUCACUAGAACUGUGAGGGCAUAAGGGUGGAUUUUAAAAACAACUUAUGUGGGAAAACUAGUGUUCUUUUUGUAAAUAUUAUUUGUACAAUGCUAUAAUAUAAUAUGCGGAGGUACAAACCCCUUUGCAAAAAAGCAGAGGUACAAACCCCUUUGCAAAAAAUAAAAGGCUGCAUGCUUA